AAGAGGACGAGAAGCAGAAAAGAUGCACGAUGAAGAAGACCUCAACUGCAACAUUGUGUAUCCGCCGGUUCCAUCGUCUCCAACGUUAGACACCGACGACGAAGGGUAUUAUGAAAACGAGUUUGCGAAGGUGUUCAAGAAGCACAAGCAACCGGUAAUCAUAUUGCUAGGAUGGGCCGGCUGUCAGGACAAGUAUCUGGCCAAGUACAGCGCAAUCUACGAGGAAAAAUGCUGCAUCACGCUACGAUACGCGGCACCGGUAAAAUGUCUGUUCUGGCAAAGAGACAAACUGCCCCACAUCGGCAAACGAUUGAUCAAGGUAAUUAAAGACAAGAAUCUAGAUGAGCACCCGAUAUUUUUCCAUGUCUUCAGCAACGGCGGCGCGUUUCUUUAUCAGCACGUGAGCCUUGCUAUGCAGAAAGAUUACACGCCACUCAAGGUCAAAGGAGUGAUAUUCGACAGUGCACCAGGUGAAAGAAGAUUGACCACACUUUUCAAAGCCAUCAGCACGAUCAUUGGAGGACAUCCGCUUAUGAACAUACCGAUGUCCUUUCUCAUUACAAUCUUUCUCUCCAUACUUUGGUUAUUGGAGGUGAUCGCUCAUGCGCUUGGACGUGAAUAUCCAGUGCAAACAAAUCCGUACUCACUUGCAGAGGAAUCCUAUUCUUGGCCCCAAUUGUUUCUUUACUCAAACGCUGAUACCUUAAUUCCGUCAUCGGAUGUUGAAAAGUUCGCCUGUCAACGAGCAAAACGUGGCGUAUGGGUGCAGUUGGUGCUCUUUACGAAUUCACCACACGUUAAGCAUUAUGCUUUUUAUCGUGACAUCUACGCGAAUACGGUUUUGGAUUUCAUCCUCGAAUGCUUGAUGUUUUCGAACACCGAAAACCAGGAAACGAAACAAACCACUGAACCGAGUCUUUCUAAGAGAGUUGUGCUACCUAACCAAAUUAAAGUACAAGAAGUAAAAAUAUUGAUGAUAGAAUAGCAACGUGAUGAUUUGCAUAUAAGACUAUGUGCAAACAAAAAGUGGACAAACUGGAAGGCUAAGAGGA